UUUUCGCCCCUAUUUCUUCUUUAAAAUCCCCAAAAUAAAAUCUUGCCCUAAAGAAGUCUCCUUCUCGAGAGAGUGAUACUACUAUUUCGUGACCAGCUUUAAUGGCUAAUCCGGAGGUGGAAGCUGUGGAUUUCGAGCCGGAGGAUGACGAUUUGAUGGACGAGGACGUCGACGGGGCGGCUUCGCCUCGGGCACCAAUUCCUAAGCUCAAGUCCGCCAUCACCGGCGGCUCCUCUUCCUCCUUCUCCGCCGCUAAGAAGACUAAAGGCCGCGGCUUCCGUGAGGAGGCCACCACCGCUGACCGAAAUGCUCGCAUGUCUGCUCCUUUUGACUCGCUGGACUCCGAAGGCGGCCCUGGUCCUGAACGAUCAAUCGAAGGAUGGAUUAUAUUGGUUACUGGAGUUCAUGAAGAGUUACAAGAAGAUGAGCUGUUGAAUGCAUUUCGUGAGUUUGGAGAGAUUAAAAACUUGCAUUUGAAUCUUGAUCGCAGGACUGGAUUUGUCAAGGGUUAUGCACUUAUUGAGUACGAGGACCGCGAAGAAGCAGAGAAAGCCAUACACGAAAUGGAUGGAACUGAAUUCUACACCCACACUAUACAUGUUGAUUGGGCAUUCAGCAAAGGUCCAUUUAAAAGGAAGAAUAUGAGGAGGAGAUCUCCACGUGGUCAUCGCUCUAGAAGCCCAAGGAGAAGAUUUUAAUCACUUCCAUUUGAUGUUUGAGGUUCCGAUAUGGGUUAAGAGAAAGAAGCCCUUAUGUAUGCUGGUUAACUAAUUUUGUAUGAUCACAGCUGGAGGAUACUGUUAAUUUCCUUUCUGCUCUUUGUUUAUUGCUGCAGUGGAGGCCUCUGAGAUUCUCUUGAUUGUGCUGCAAUUUUAUUUGGCCACCCAUUUUAGGAUGGCAUAGGAUUGAUUUUAUUCAGGAGUCUAUGUGAACAAAUGAGUGAUUUCUGUCGCUUUGCUGAUGCUGUCAGAUUAGAUGGGGCUUGGUUGUUUACCUUGUCUGCUUUGCUUGUCUUGUUCUCAUCUUCUCCUAGCUAGUAAAAUGUUUUCAUGCUUGCAUCGGAUGACUCUUCUCGUGUCUCGUAUUUCCUUCCAAGUUGGAAUUGCUGGGAAAUUUCCAGAAAAAACCAAGCUCUUAUCUCAUGGGAAGAUUGGCGCUCAUGUAAGGGAGAUUUAUGAUUGCGCUUGGGUUGUUUCAAGUGAAAGGUGGUGCCACUCAUGAAUGAUUUGAGGAUCAUAGGCUUUGGAGCCUGCUGAUUUAAUCGUGUGAUGUUUUGCAGCUUAGUAGAUAUUUUGGCCUAGGGUUGUUUGCGUGAGUUGGUCUCUGUCUAGUUGACAAAUUGCUCUCCCUAUUUGUUCAUUUCUGAAAAGAAUUAACUAUCAGUAUGCGAAAAGAAUGUUUAAGCGA